AUGUUUAAUAGUUUAUAUUCGCAAUUACCAGAUGAUGACAACGAAGAAAUGCGAACAAGUGGUAGAAGUUUAUUAUAUGAAUCUUAUUGUCCCACAAGUGAAGAAAGAUAUCAAACAUGUAAUUCUGAUCAUGAUAAAAUUAAAGCUGGGUUCAUAUAUUUAGUAACGCAAUUAUUUGGUAAUGUUAAUUCUGAUGGGGAACAUGAAGAUCAGGAAAGCCGUUAUGUAUAUUACGGUUUUUUGUGGAUGAGUUAUAAAUUACAACAAUCAAAUAUAAAUAGUAGUAACCCCAUUACUUUAUAUGAAUUUAUUAAUAAUCAUUUAUUAAAGGACCAAUGGUACGAAGUCGUUGAAGAAUAUGUUAAACCUAAAGUAUCUUUGAUUACUAAAGAUGCUAAUAUUGAUCUUAUGAGUGAUGUUUAUUACAUACUUAAAGAAAUGUGUAAAUUCUUUUCUAAUAAUGAUGGAAAUCUUGAUCACUUUGAAGAUUUCUCGAAGUAUUAUGAUUCUGUUACAAAAUUUGCUAAAGAUGUAUUAAAAAAAAAAACUAAUAAUUCCGAUACUGAUAAUAUCGAUGAAAUAUAUGUUGAUUUAUAUGAUAUGUUGAAGAAUGUUUAUAAUGAGUAUAGAAAUUAUUAUCGUGAAAAAAAUUCCCAAGAUAAUGCGCUCCCCGAGGUUCCAGAUAUAGAAGAAAUAAAAAAAGAUUUUACAUCCGAUUUGGGAGCGCCGGAUUUACAGGAUAGUACAGAUGGAAGCCUAAAAUCUCAAGAUGGCGAUGGAAAUAACGAACAACAACAAUCAUUAUCUGAACCAGAAUCGAAAGAACCAACAUCACCAGAACCACCACCAUCAGAAUCAGCACCAAUAGAAACACCGCCAUUAUCUUUAGACGAACCAAAAGAUGGUCAACAAGAACCAUCAUUGCCCCCUGAACAAGAAUCACCACAACCUCAACCUCAAACACAAGGUCCCCCAGAAUCACAAGACCCACCGUUAGGAACUGACCAAAAAAGCCCCGUCACACCACCAGAGGAUACAUCAAAUGAACAAGUAACCCAAGAAAGUAUAGAGAAAAUCAAAAAUACCAUGAAACUUAUGAUGCAUUUUUUUAAACCAGAUAUUCCAAACCUUUACAACACCCUUAUGGAAUUUGGCGAUAAUGUAUAUGAUAAUGUAUUAGAUCGAUUAAAAGGCGGUUAUUCUAUACUUACUAAUUUUGUUAGUAAUGUUAAAGAUUCAAUUGAUCAACUAGUUAACGAAAAAGAUACACCCCAAUCAGGUGAUAAUCCCCCUAAACUAGGAAAUCCUGGAGAUGAUCAGCCCCCCUCUGAUAGUCCAUCAGAAGAUCUUCCACCCUCACCUUCAUCGGAUCAACCUCCAAAAAUAGACCAUAACGACUUGGAAGAUCAAAAAGAUGGAGAUAAGAAAGAACCAUCUGGCAACGAAAAAACUGGAGAUGAAAACCAAAAAGAAAAAACUCAGCAUCCAGCACCAAUUGUUCAAGAACCAUCAGAAAGUUCUACCAAUAUAACAUCUUAUCAAGUAACUAACCCAGAUGAUUCUGGAAGCAAUAGAAAUGAAAUUAUAUCGAAAGGUGUAUUUUCAGUUAUAUUUAUUGCAAUACCCCCUAUUUUAGCAAUUAUGUAUAUGUAUUUAUAUUAUGGAUAUGGAAAAAAAUCGAAGAGAAAAAAAAACAUGAAAAAGGUUAUAAAUUCAAUUGGAGGAAAAAGACAGGUGCAAAUAAUUAUAAGUUCAUCAAGUCAUAAAAAACAAACUAAAAAGUCUAUAAAUUCCGUUCAUAGGAAAAAGCCACCAUUAUUAAAUAUGUACAAACUUAUACGGGCCGAUCCUAUACCAUUUAUUAAUUUAUUUUUUUUGUUAAUUUUUUUUGUUUAUAAAAGAACUCGUGAUACUAUAGAGUUAUAA